AUGAUCAUAUCCACUGUUAACAAGGAUACUCACAGUUUCCCUCCUUUUCCAUCCUUGCCUCCAGAAUUACUCAUCGAGAUCUUUUCAACUUGCAGCCUCACAGGUGACUGGCACAUCCCCCUCACGCUAUCCAAAGUCUGCUGUUUAUGGAGAGACUUGAUCAUAUCGUCACCCUGCAUAUGGCAGAUGAUCGUCAUACUAGACUCAAGGCGCACUAUGUCCUCCAUCCGUACUCAGGCAGAGCUAUGGAUCGCUCGCUCUUCGCCUCUUCCAUUCAAUGUAGUCCUCAAGCUAACAGAUUUCGAGCGACUGCUACCCAUCGUGUCGUGCUUCCUCCCUAAUCUCGCCCGUUGGAUGCGCUGCACUAUCACUUAUGAUGGAAGAACUAUCGAUACAUCCUUAUCGGACCUCACCCUGUCCUCGCCUCGUCACAUACCACAUCAUCUCGAUAUUAUUCUUAAGACUCCCUUCGAGGACGUGGCAGGCGAUGAUGGAGAUGAUAUCAUAUUUUUCCCCUACGGAAGCACGACAUACCGUCACAUAUCCAUGAAAGUAGCAACAACCAAACUGCCCUAUGCAGAAAUGGUCAACCCCUUAGUAUUCACAUCACUCGACAUCUCAGAGACGGCAUUCGAAUACUCCGUCCGAUCACCAGACCUCCUUCGUUUUCUUGCCCAUUGCCCGAACUUGGAGCAUUUAUACUUUCACGGUUUGUCCAAUGAUGAAGGCACUCUUGACGCGUCACCCCCUGCUAUCGCCCUUCCGCGAUUACACACGCUCCUCCUAAACGAGAUUUGCAAUCAGCGUAGCAUCCUCUCGCAUCUCUAUCUCCCUGCAUUGCGAGAGCUUUAUCUGCAUCACAUGAACGUAGAAUACCAACCCGAGCCAUACCACGUCCCUGAAGAAGGUGAUAGCGAUGACGAGGCCAAUGACUUUUCCCAGUCCCCACACAGCGACCUCCACACUGGCAUGGGUAUCCGCAAACUCUUGUCGCGCUCACGUCCCCCGCUCGAGAUCCUAGACAUGGAUUUAUCAGAUAUGCGUACCAAAGACUUCCGCUGGGUCUUUGAUAAGCUGCCCGACCUGAAACAGUUCUCUAUCGUUGGGUCUGAUAUGUCGGAUUCGGUGGUUGCGCUGUUCGUGCCUUUUGCUGUUGAAAAUGGAGAUGGGCAGGACGGGGGGCAGAUGAGUGUGCGACUGCCCAAGCUAUCUGUUCUCAAGAUGUACAGCUGUCAACAGCUCUCGGGGGAUGCGCUGGUGAAAGCCUUGAGCGCACGUGUCCACUACACAGAUCAUGCAACGCCAGAUGCUACGCUAGCGACGGUGGUCAUUUCAAGCUGCAAUAACUUUACUGCGAGUCAUGCUCAAGAGUUGUCCUGGGAUUUGCACGAUCGUCUGCAUGUGUCGUAA